AUGGGGUGCGCACCAUGUACAGGCCAGCAGCCUUUGCUGCCUGAUGUGUUUUCUCGCAGCCUGCCAAGCGGCAUGGCCAGCGAUCUGUCUGCUCCGCAGUUCAAGGAUAUCGAUGUGGCUGUAGCGGUGACUCAAGCGAGUAUCAACGCCACCAUGAAGGAGUUCCUUUCCAAAGCUUCGAGCCUUGAAGUUCUGAAGUGCUUCGUCUACAAGAAGGGCACGACUGACAUCGUCGAGAUCCCAUAUGCGGAGCUGAAAGCGAAUGCCCACGGCUCUGAUCCUUUCACCUUGAAGGAUGGUGCAGAUCAGACUAACAAGGAUGUCUUCAAUUUGGCCACGCUGGGCUUUGUGGGAGCCUUCAAGGCUAAGGGUGGCUUGCCAAGUGUACCACCUGCCAAUCUUCCGUCCAUUGUGGGUUUGGGUUUGCACAGUGACUCCCGGUUGGAUUUCAACCUCACCAUGUCCGAGUUCCAAAUCGUAGGCCUCAUCCUGUCUGGUUUCAGCAGAGCGACGGCGAUCAACAAGACCCAGCCCACAGGGGCCGGGGCCAAGCCAUGGUACUACAACUUCAAGGUGGAUCUCACCCAGGUCACGGAGGACCCCAACAAGAAGGUGCCGGCAGAUGUGCGCGCGCGCAUCCAGCACCUCAUCUCGACGGUGGGGCCGGGGGCCUUCAGCGUCCAGAAGCUGCUCUUAGACCUUGAGACGGCUUCGCUGGUUGCCAACCCGGUGAUCGAGGGCGUGAGCGACAGUGCCAGCUUCGGGCCCACCUGGAAGAUGAUCUCGGAGAUCUUCACGGGCGCCUACUUCGCGGAGCUGCGGAAGACAGGGAGCCCCAUCUUCAACUACACCAUCACGGCAAAGAAGGCCUUGCCACAGUCGACCUUGACCCUGAAGUCAUUGGUUCACUCCACCGCCCCCUACAUCAAUGAGGGGAAGCCCACUGCAAGUACGGCUGCGUGCUUGGUGUACAACCUGACCAGACAGCCGACUCCACCAGGCAUUGUUCCCUUUACUUGGAACUGGGUCAACCAGGGUGAGGUGGGCCAGAUGUCAGGAGUCUUGGCAGUGCGCCGGGCGGUCUUCGCCGACUACCUCACUGGGCUGAUGGCUUCCCCGAGCAGAGGACUGUGCUGGGAUACGACAGCUCGAACGACACAUUCUGGGAUGGAUUUUUCAAUCUACGCGAGCUGCAGUCCCGCCCAAAACCCCGCUGCCUUUGAGGCAGUUCAUGCGACGUCCGGUCCGCAUGGGGGGCUGAUUACUCACAAGCUGUCCUACUCUCAUACCUCAAGCGACACCUCUGUAAACUCUUCUGACACGGUUUCCAUCGCCAUGGACUUCGACUUUAGGCUCAGUGGAAGCAUUGAGCUUGCUGGCACACAGAUCAUCAUCACAGUGAACCCCGUGGUGGAUAUGGGUUUUCGUCAUCAUGAGCUGGGUGUUCACUACACCGACCUUGAGAAGCAGAACUACUACGACAAGAUACACACCGUGACCUACGACCUUGGAGUCAGCGCUCAGGGCCAACUCACGGCCACAGCAACCACCAAGACCAAAGACAACUCUGCAUCCUGGGCAUGGAGCUCCAAAGGCAUCGUGGGGCUGACUGGCGCGGAGCAGGAUGUCCAGAACGGUUUGCUAAGUGCAACGGGAGACCUGGAUAGCAAUCUGGACGGUGCCUUUGACGUGUUUGCAAGCACAAUGACGCACACCCUGAAUGACGCUCAGCAAUGGGUUUUUCCCGGUGCAGACACCUUCGUCACAUCCCACGUCUUCUUCUCAACGGACUGUGACUUGGUGACUCAGCUGAGGUAUGCGAGCCCCAACAUGAUGAGCCUCGUGAAAUCCGCUGCCGUUGCGGCUGCGCCCAUUGCGGGGCCUUCCCGACCUCCUGUGCGCGUGAACACAAACUACAAGAUCGAGACAUCUGCGGAGCUCAUGACGAACUACGUGCAAUCUGACAUCCUUCAGCCGCAGAAGAAGUUCCAGGCUUUGCAGACGCAAGCGGGGCUGUCGCUGCUCUUCAGCAUUGGUACCAGCGACGAGUUCAAUGUGGUGGUGGAGGAGGUUGGGAAGAGCAAGCACGGCUGGGCGCUGUGCAGCUUGUCGCAGAGCCUGGUGCAGCAGGAGUUCAGCGCUGGCAAGGUGGAGACCUUCGCGGUGUCCCAGAUGGCCGGCGACGCGGUGGACCGGAAGAUCCAUGUGGCGAUGUCCGUUGAAGCGAAUGGCAACUCUCACUUGUACCUGAGUCUCAACAACUCGGAUGCAGAUUUGGCCUGGACGCAGAACAUCCCUUGGAUGGCCGUGCCUUGGAAUGCCGUGGACAGCACUGGGCAGAAGAUCGCGAAGCCGGAUCCGCUUCGCAUUGCCAACAUCACUCUGACCCAAGGCGCCGAGGAGUACGUCGUCGUUGACAUCCUGCGCAAUCAGACUGCAGCUCAGCCUCUCUUGGAGCGCUAUUGGAUCGACACCAGCCAGCCUCAAAACCCCAAGUGGGUGAAGCACAGCAUGGCGGCCGAUUUCGAAGCAUCCAGCUACCACUCGGCGUUAGGCCGGGCUGCGGGUGACUGGGUGGAUGGCAUCUACACCAUGGGCAAGGUGCGGAGUCAGGCGCAACUGACCUAUGUCCCUGUCUACAACGGCUGGAACCCGACCCUGCCGCCGCCGGUCUCACGCCUCUAUCUGCCAGACCACUACCUACCUGAUGCCUUCGCAGCUUGUCACGGGGUUGACCAGAACUGGACGGACCUCUACGUAGCCUCCCAGGGUGGCCUCUACUACUUUGCAGCCACCAACCAGGGGGAUGGGGCGGUUGCUACGAAGCUCGUCUCCGAGCCAACGCUUUUGUCAGGCGUGCGCAAGCUCUUCGCGGCUGAGGCUUCUGGACAGGUGACCGUUUGGGGGCUGGACGGCAACAGCCAGAUCUUCUACCUCACCUGCAAGUCCUCGGACGUGAUGAAGCCCGAGGCCUGGAGCGUGCCAUUGCCCAUCGUAACAGGGGUGGAUGCCGUGUCGCCCUACGUGGAUCGCAAGUUGCUGGCUAACACCUUCUUCGCCCACGACGGCACAGGCCUGGUGAAGUGCGUGAAGACCCCCAGCACGGGGCUCUGGACGAGGCGGCACAUUGAGCUUCCGCCAUCGAGCUAUACCCAAGACUCGCGCGCCUUCAAGAGCUUCACCACGGAGAUCAAGGUCACCAACAAGGACACAGGGGUCCCUGCUGGUCGGGUUGCUAUCCAAUUGACCUCCACCACCGCCACUUCGGUGAACAUCAACCACCUCUACUACGUGGUGGGUCCGGAGCCCGUGACCGUGCAGACCGACUCAGACGGCACGGUGACCAUCGUGGAGUUGACGCACAACUUGGUAGCUACACGCUUUGCGGUGCAAGUGGCUGGCGCCGACUUGGCAGCUGAAGGGGUGCUGGUGAAUCCCAUGCAGAGCGCCUUCAAGCGCAACAGCGCCCUUGACACCAAGGAGAAGUUGAAGGACGCCAAGGUCACGAAGACGGAUGGUUCUCAGGAGCCUUUCAUCCCGGAUGGUGUGGACGACGAUACCUUGGAUCAGAUCGCCAAGAUGAACAAGAACCUGGAUGCAGCCCACAAGUCCGUGGAGAAGAAGGCGCUGCCGCUUUUGCGUGCUGAGCCCAUUCUGCUUGGACAUUCACAUGCUUCACUGCAGCAUCGCUUCGGGGACCUGGGCGAGGUGAGAAGCGUAGACAUCGGUGACCUCUACAGCUGGUUAAGCUCUGGCAUCAAGGCAGCCAUCGACAUCGUGAAGGAUGCAGUCUCGGGGCUGUAUCACUUUGUGGCUGAGAUCGGGGGCAAGCUCUUCGCAGCAGUCUUGGACUGUGCUGAGAAGAUUGCUGCCGCAGUGGUUUGGGUGUACAACCAGGUGAAGAUGGCCAUCGAGUGGAUCAUCCUUUUCUUGGAAUUCUUGUUUGGCUGGAAAGACAUCCUGCUGACCCACAAUGUCAUCAAGAAGUUCAUCAUGCUCACUGCCGCAAACUUCGUGAAUGACAUAGGGGGAGCCAAGAAGGAGGUGAAGAAGGUCUUUGGCGACUUCAAGGCCCACAUCGCCGAGUGGACUGGUGCGAAGGUGCCCGGAGCCACGGAGACGCCUGCCGAAGCUCUCAAGGCUCAGGUCAGUCAAAAGACCUCAGCCCCCGGCAACCUGGGGACCCAUCACUUCAAGGGCAAUGCGCGCCGCGCCAGCGCGCAGCAGUCAGGAUCCGGGGUGCCUUCCGCCCUUCAGCUCAUUACGGACCUCUGCGAGAAGGAGGAGCAGGCCAUCUCCAACGCUGCGACUGCGGUGAAGACGGAGGUGAUCGAUCAGUUCUCCAGCUUGGACUUGGGGCAAAUCAUCGAGCGCCUGGUGGGCAUCAUCGGCAUCACCCUGGUGGAUGGCACCGAAGACAUCGCACUGGAGUUGUUGUCUGCGUGCGAGGCCCUGUUGCCGCAGUUGAUGGGCAUGCUGGACAAAAGCAUUCACAUUCCGGUGCUGUCCUGGCUGUACAAGUUCCUCACUGGGAAUGAGUUGUCCUUCUUGGACUUGCUGUGUCUCAUCGCCGCCAUCCCAGCCACGCUUUUCGGCCGGAUUGCCAACGGCGGCCAUGCGCUCUUCUCCUCAGGCGAUGCUUGGGUACAGCGCAUGCUGGAUGCCAAGACCAUGGAGGAUUGGAGCAACGCCCCGUGGGCCACGCCGCCCAAUCUUGCGUCUCUUGGAGCCAGUGAUGAUGAUGACCUCAAGAAAAAGAAGCUACAGGCGCUUGCCCUAGGAUUUGGCGGAGGUGCCUGCUUCGUCAUAAACUUCUUCCUUGGCAAGGUUAUCGGGGAUCUGAAGGAUGACGAGUUUGUCGAUGAAGAUGCCAUCAAGCUCCUCACCACGCUCAAAUGGAUCUGUAGCAUGGCCGUCUAUGCGCCGUACCUGAACCAGGAAUACUUCGAGCAGAUUGGACAGGCCAAGAAGUGGUACAGCUCCAUGGGGAAGAUCGUGGGUGUCAUCGGCAAGUGCUCGGGCUUCUUGAGGAUCUUCUAUUGCGUGAAGCCCAAAGGAAUGUCCGCCGCCGGCUACAAGAAGGUUGGCAUCAUGUUUGCCACAGUCAGCACCGUGAGCGGAGUCUUGAGUCUCAUUCCGGACACGGUGAGCUUUGUGAUGAAAGAGGACCUCUCAGCGCAUUCAUUCAUGAAGACCCUCAGCUUCAUCUCCGGCGACGGUGCAUCGAUCCUUUCGCUACCCAUCCAGCUCACCGACGACCCAGAUUUGGAGAUGGCCCAGCUGGGCUUGACCCUCACCUCCGCAGCGCUUGGGGUGGCAUGGCCAUUCGCUUGGCUGGCCGAGUGA